AUGGAGAGCCGGGUCCUCGAGCAGCAGCAGCAGCAGCACCAUCAUUACCAUCAUCAUCACGCCGCGUUUGGAGGCUCCAUCGGCGGGCUGCUGGGCUUCCCUUACCCGCUAGCGCAUCAUCAUCCGCGGCCACAGCAGCAGCAGCAGCGGCCCAAUUCCGCGCUUAACUUCUCCAUAGAUGGAUUACUGCUCCACGAUUCACAUGGAUUCGCUUAUUCUGAUGUGGGUGAGGCAGAAAAGGACGGCGCGGGCUGUAAGCGGCGGCGCACUCGCACUAACUUCACCGGCUGGCAGCUGGAGGAGCUGGAGAAGGCCUUCAGCGACAGCCACUACCCAGACGUGUUCAUGAGGGAAGCCCUGGCCCUGCGCCUGGACUUGGUGGAGUCCCGCGUGCAGGUGUGGUUCCAGAACAGAAGGGCCAAAUGGAGAAAGAAGGAGAACACAAAGAAGGGCCCCGGACGCCCCGCGCACAACUCCCAUCCCACCAGCUGCAGCGGGGAGCCAAUGGGCCCCGAGGAAAUCGCCCGGAGAGACAGAGAACGCGCAGAGAAGAAGAGACGAAAACAGGAGCGCAAACUUCUCAGGGGCCACAGGGGCCCCACAGAACUGCACACACCAGGAGGCUCUGAAAGUGACAGUGGAGUAUCCCAGUUCACCGACUCUGAGCAGGGGCCCCUCCACAUCAGGCUUCCGGGCUCCAGGACCAGUGACUCCAGACAGCUCAGUCCUGUGCACCAGUCCAAAGACCCCCAGGGACCCACCUCUCCGCUCAGCACACACAGCCCAGGAUCUGAGCCCGAGUCCCGAGUCCUGACCAAACACAACCCCUUCAGUGUGGAGAGUCUGCUAUCGGACUCGCCCCGCCGCAGGGGCCCGGGGCCCGCCAUGCUGAUCAGCAAGGGACACUUCCUCCUCUACCCUAUCACCCACCAGCCCUUGGGCUUUCUGGUGCCGCAGACUGCACAAAGGACCCCUGGGGGUCCGGACACACCUAACCCUGCGCUAACCCUCACAGACGCAGCCAGCCCACCACACAUGGAAAUAGAGCCAGAACAGAGACUGGACUCUGGACACAGACUGGACUUUGGACACAGACUGGACUCUGCACACAGACUGGACUCUGCACACAGACUGGACUCUGCACACAGACUGGACUUUGGACACAGACUGGACUUUGGACACAGACUGGACUCUGCACACAGACUGGACUCUGCACACAGACUGGACUCUGGAUACAGACUGGACUCUGGAUAG